AUGAGAAAACAUACACGAGAGAGAGUUGCGGUGAUGAUGUUGUUUCAUCUGUUGACAGUAUCAUUGUUUGAAUCUGGACAAGCUAGUUCUGAACAUGUUGACCCUGUUACCAUUGAUAUGACUCGUGAUAACGGGAUAAUUGAAGAAAAAGUAAAGUUAAAUAAAGAUAAUCUAUCGAGCAAUUUAACUGAUAACUUACUGAGAAAGCCAAGAGGUCCUAGAGGUUGCGGAAUGGCUUCUAAAAGUCGAACAAGAGUAGUAGGUGGACAACCAGCUGACCCCAAAGAGUGGCCUUGGAUGGUUGCACUCAUUAGAAGAGGAUCUCGACAAUAUUGCGGUGGUGUUUUGAUCACUGAUAGACAUGUUCUUACUGCAGCUCAUUGUCUUUAUAGGAUCUCUGAAAGGGAUAUCAUUGUAAGAUUAGGCGAGUAUGAUUUUUCCCAAAAGACUGAACAUCGUGCUUUGGAUUUCAAAGUCGUUAAUAUGAGGAUUCAUGAAAAAUUCAAUCCAUCGAGUUAUGACAACGAUAUUGCCAUUCUAAAAAUUCAUCGACCAACGGUUUUCAACAACUACAUUUGGCCGAUUUGUCUACCGCCAGAGGACAAGUUAUUUGAACAUAAAAAUGCAAUAGUCACUGGAUGGGGUAGUCAGUAUUACGCUGGUCCGUCGAGUUCAAUCUUGAUGGAAGUAUCCAUACCAGUGUGGUCUCACAACAGGUGCGUCCAAAGUUUGGGUCGGGAUCUUCCGGACACCGUUUUGUGUGCAGGAGCUUAUGAAGGUGGUCAGGAUUCUUGUCAGGGCGAUUCUGGCGGACCUCUAGUUUACCAAUUAGGGAAUGGUCGGUGGGUAAAUAUCGGCAUAGUUUCUUGGGGAAUGCGUUGUGGUGAACCUGGACAACCUGGUAUUUAUACACGAGUCAAUGCCUUUCUUGACUGGAUAUUCGCCAAUGCAGUAUUCUAAAAACUCAAAUGAAUGUGAUACUUUAGAUAAGAAAAAUAUUCAAAAACAAUUAAACUUUAUUUCAGCAAUAUUGAUCAUUAUUACAUCGUUAAAAGAGU